UUAGAUUUGAAAUUUGAAAUAACUCACAUACAUAGUGGUUUCAAUUUUCAUCGAUUUUCAACUUCCUGAUCAUAAACUGAAUCGCCGUCACCAUGGCCAAAAGCAACGACGUCACCAUGGCCACGAGCAAGAAGGAUGUGGGAUUGCUGAACCCGAACCCGGACAAGAUGCUAUCAAUCCCACUGAAGAAGAGUGAUCCGGUGGAUCUGUACCGGCCGUUACGCGACUUGGUAGCGAGAAAAUACUCAGAGAGCGAUGCAGAGAAAGUUGAAAGCGUUCUGGAAACCCUAAACAAAUGUCGCAGUGACAUGGUGGAGCGAGGGGACCUCUCCCUUCCCAUGCAACGUGAUUGCCUCAUCCACUACUUCAAAUGCCUCUGCAUGGUUGAGCCACUCUUCACCGCUGACUCCGACGACUCCGACGGCGGCAUCAUGUUUUUCUGGUACGACGCCUUCGACCCUGACUAUAUAUGUGUGGAUGGAGUCUCCUCCCAUAAGAGUAUCCAAUUGGAGAAGGCUGCUGUUCUCUUCAACCUUGGCGCCAUAUACAGCCAGAUUGGAGCCUCUUGCGACCGUACCACCGCCCUUGGCCGUCACCUUGCAAUGGACGCCUUCAAUGCCGCCGCCAAAUUCUUCUCGGAACUCUGGAAGGUUUUCGCCAAGGACAUCUCCGCCACCCUGGACUUGACUCUCCUCUUCACCGAGACGCUGCACCAGCUCUUCUCCGCUCAGGCUUCGGAGCUCAAAUUACAGCAACAACUCGACGACGACAAAAGCAACAACGACGCCAGUGCCGCUUUCCAGAAACAUCGAUGUGCCCACCAUUUGUCUAAAUCGGUUUCUAAGCAUUACCGUAGAGCAUAUGAUCUGAUAAUAUGUGAUUCGACUGCAUUCAAACAUGUCUGCUCAUUUGACCACACUUGGAUACCUCAUCUUCAUCAGAAGCAGAAAUUCUUUCGGGAAGAGGCUCGUCAGAGGAAAUCAUUCAUCCUACCCAAUUCCAAGCGACCUAAAACAUCCUCAUUGGUACAAUCUUGUCCUCUUGAUCAUGAUGCAGAAUCCAUCACGGAAAAAUUAGUUAGAGGGAUUUGCAGGCACUCGGACCUCUGGACACCCAAGCAACAACUAAUAUACCUUGACCUCCUCCUCUCCGAGUACAGCCCUUUCAAGAUUAUGGAUGGUGGAAAGCUGCUGGCUAACCCAUGGGACAUGCCUCCUCCUUAUCCAACAAAUUUUGCAAUCCUCUCUUCGUCGUCUUCGUCUUCGUCACAUCUUAUGGCAUUCCCUUUGAAGAAAUGUGAGCCCUUGGACCUCUAUGAGUCCCUUCGCAGUUAUGUUGCCCUUAAAUACUCUGAGAGCGAGGCAGAGAGAGUAGAAGGCCUUUUCAAAAUGGUAGACAAAUUGCGCAGUGAAAUGCAGCGUGAUGACCUCUCUCUACCCAUUCGCCGUGACUGCCUCAUCCACUAUUUGAAAUGCCUUUGCAUGAUUGAGCCUUUGUUCCCCAUGACUACCUCACCCAAUCCACCUAUCUUUGUUUGGUACAAUGCAUUCAACCCACAACAGGACUCUUCUCAGCACAACAUCCAUUUCGAGAAGGCCUCUGUUCUCUUUAACCUGGGAGCCCUCUCCACCCAAGUUGCUCUCUCCUGCGAUCUCACCACCAUCCAAGGCCAUCGCCUUGCCAAGGACGCCUUAAAUGAUGCUUCGCAUUGGUUCUCCAAACUGUCGCAUGAGGCUGAGAAGGCAUCUGCCACCAUUGAAUUGUCAGUAAACUGUGCCAAGAUGCUGCGUGAGAUAAUAUCCGCACAGAUUGCCGACUUGGACUGGAAUUUUCCUCAUUCCUGUUCUGUUCGAUCAUCAUCAUCUCCGGCUCUUCUGCUUUAUCAGAAAGCUUAUGAUCUGUCGACACUUGAGCCUUUAGCUGAGACUUUUGUUCAAUCCUCGAUACCUCAAUAUCUGAAGAUGAAAACCUGCCCUGUUGUAACUGAUCCAGGUGAUAUCACUGAACAAUUUCUUUCAGGGUAUGGUAAGGCUAAAUCCCUGCUUGUAGAGGGAUGUCAACCACCAUGCUUGGAUAUUAAGGAUGGGAAUCUUGUGGCCAAUGCAACCUUAGAGGCAGUAAGGUUGGCAUUGAAGGAGAUGAACUUGCAGGAGUCCAAACCACCACAAUAGCAUUACCAUAGAGAAAAACUAUGUAAGCUUUAGGAAUCAACUUUUUUUUUCUUUUAAACUAAAAAAGCUUUAGGAAUUAAUUACUCUUGUUCAAAACUAUUCCUUCAAAAUUUAUU